UGGCUGUGAGGUGACUGGGACACGGCCACUUUCUCUACUCUGUAUUUUGGGUGAAAAAAUGGGUUAAAGCUGCAGCCCCCAGCAAAUCACAGCCCCAGAGAAACCCAGGCCCACAUUUAUGCCCUCCCCCUGCCCCACACUGAGCCAGACUGGGGGGAAACUGAGGCAGGAGCUUGACCCCAGGCCUCGGGAUGUCCCUGUCACACUGCCACCGUGUCCCCAUGUCCUCUUCCCUUGCUGGCAGCACGGCAUCCUCUGGUAAAGUGGGGUACAUGGGGUGGGGGCUGUGCCCUCCUGGGGGUGCUGCUGCCAGUGGGUGCCCCCAGGAGGGCCUGGACCUCAGCCAGACCCAGCACGAGCCUGGUGGGGACCUCUGCUCCCAUCCUGCCCCCAGAAUCCAUCCCCUGCUCUCCCACGUUCUGAGCACCACCGUGCUCCCAUCCUGGCACGUCUUGCCCACGUCAGCCACGCACUCUUGCAGCCACCAGCUUCCUGCCAGCUCUCCGGGUGCUCUCUUUCCUGUCUCGGUCCCUUCUCCGGGUCAUGGGACACCGGUGACGCGCUCCCGGCGAUGAAGAAAUUGCCGCUGGCCGUGCGGUCACCAUUGCUAUUUUUGUCCUCCUGGGUAUUGCAAGUCCUGGCCACACACUUGCCAUCAGUGGGGUGGCCACCACCACGGUGUCCUGCUGGCCCAGCCCAGGGGGUGACAGUGCCAUAUGGAGGGGCCAGGGCCAGCUGUGGCCAGGGGAGAGCUGAGGGUGGGAGCCCUGAUCACCCUCAAGGCAGGGGAUGGAUGGAUGGAUGGAUGGAUGGAUGGAUGGAUGGAUGAUCAUAUGGAUAGACAGGUUAAUGUAUAGCUGAACAGGUGGAGGAAUUCUUGGAUGGGUGCACAGAUGAUGGAUGGAUGGACAAGUGGAUGGAUGGAUGGAUGGAUGGAUGGAUGGAUGGAUGGAUGGAUGGAUGGAUGGACAGCUGGUGAACAGCCUGUCGAGGCAGCCUGAGGGAUGGACAAACUGCUGUGGAGCGAGCAAGAUCUUCUCCUGGUUCCUCCACCUUUCCAGGACUGCCCUGGGCACAGCCCUGCCCACCCCGGCCCCACGGGACCCACCGCAGCCGCCACCUCUGCCGGGGAGGCCCCGGGGAGGAGGAAGAGGAGGAGUCAUCAGAGGCAGCGGGUGGAGGAAGCAGACCGUGCAGGUCGUGGCGCGGCCGGGGCAGGGAAGUUCUGGGAAAAGAAAGAACUUCUAAAAGUGAGUGACCGCUGCAUCCUUCUUCCUGGAAGGAGCUGCUAAUUUCUGCCCCUGCGCCAUCACCGAACUCUCCAAAUGCGUAAAUUCGGCGAGGGUCACCAAAAUCAACGGGAUUGCGACACGCCUCGGCACGCUGAGUGGAGACAUUCACCUCUAAGGAACGGGAAAACCCUUGUCGGUGCCGGGCUCUGCCUGCCAGGAAGGGGACAGAGGGGACUGUCCUGGGUGCCUCUGGCUGUGCCGAGGCCGUGGCAGCCCCAGGGCUCUCCCAGGGCAGCGUUGCACAAGGGGCAGCGCUGCCUUGGGCAGCACCCGGCGCCCUCGGUGUUCCGUGGGUGCUGCCGGGCACAGAGGCUAAGGCUGGUGUCCCCCACUUGGUUCAGCUCCCCAAUUUGUCACCCAGAGGUGUGGGUGGGUGUGAGCAGGUGGACGGAGCAUCCCCUGGAGCAUCAGGCAGUGCUGGGAUGCUGUGCACUUCCCACACCUCCAUCUCCCUCCUUGUCAGUGUAGAUUUUUGCCUCCCACAGCUGGAUUUGGGAUGCGAAACCCCCCGUGGUGGCACACGGGUGACAUCCCUGUCCCCGCUGCCAGCCGCCACUGCCCUCUUUUGCAUUGGGGUUUCGGGGCAGCCGGCGCUGGUUUCAGUUCAACCUGUCGGGCGCUGAGCGGUGACACCAGCGGGAAACAAAAGGUCUCUUUCCCAAGAAGCCCAGGAUUUCCCAGGACCCGGGGGUCCUGCCGGGUCCGGGCUGAGCGGUGGGACCGCAGCCUCCCCGGCUGGACCCACCCGGACUCCCUCGAGGAACUGACUCGAAGAACAUCCCCAGCACCGUCCGGCCCCGCUUCCUCCCGCGCUGCUCUCACCCUGCUCAUUGGCCCCCGGGACACGGCUUCAUUUCUCGCUGCCUUCCGCUGUCCUGGUGCCUCCUUCGGAGGGGUGACUCGGGUGCGCUUUAAAAGCCGCGCUUCCCCAUCGCCGAGCGCUUAAGGAAGUGGCUUUGCGCGCCCGGCAGCCCCGGGCGGACACCCUGCCCCGGCCAUGCGGUGCGACGGGCGGCCCUGGGCAGUGCUGGCAGGUACGUGUGUGCCCGUGUGCCGUGACCCCGCGUCCCCUGUCGCUCGCCCCGGCCGGCAGCAGCGGAGGGAGCGCGGCCGCGAGGCCCCCGUGGAGUCAGCGAUGGCACCGAGGCUGUGCCACGGCAGUGUCGCCUCCCUCGGGCGCUGGCGGGGACGGGGACAUUCCCCGCUGAGGCACAUGGGGAGCGCUGGGAGUGGGCAGCCAGGGAGAGAGGGGAUGCUGGGAGCGGCAGGCAGGAGGGGACAGUUUGGGGACCAAUGGCGGAAGGUCAGGGGUCAGCUUGCCCAGAGGGACAGAGGCUGCGUGUCAGCCCAGUGCCAUAUCCAACGUGCCGUGGGUGACAGAGGGACUGGGACAGUGACUGGCAGAGCUGGACAGCGGGACUGGAUCCAGGAGUGUCACUGCUGUCCCCUCCUUUGCGGUGGCCGUGCUGGCAGGGGGAGCUGCUGGAGCAGCUGCUGUGGUUGGUCUGCGCAUCCCAGCCGCUCCACAGCACCUCCAGCACCCUCCUCCUCCUCCCGGCGGGUGCCCAGCAGGUUUUUGGCGCAGGGUCUGUGGUGCAGGCAGCACUCCUGGCACAGGGGUGGUGACCCUGUGAGAGGGCUGUCCCUGCACCCAGCGAUGUCCCAACGGCCCCUGACUCCCUCCUCUUCAUCCCCAGCUGUCGCCAAAGGGCUCCUCAUCCUCUGGGCAGUGCCGGGCCAGGGGGGCAGGUCCCCGCUGGCCCCCACCGUGCAGCAGACCCAGGCGCUGGUGAGGCUCAUGGCCGAGGACGCGCAGGAGCUCUUCACCUUCUACGAGAAGGAGCAGCACCUGGCCAUCCACAAUAUCUGCCGCACCAACAACACGCCCGAGUGGCUGCAGAGGCCGACAAGGGGGCCCUGGGGGCUGCGGAGGCUGCGGAGGCCCAUGAUCCACAUGGAGCAGGCGCUGCAGGACAUCAUCCGCCACCAGCGCGACCUCCACCACCCCGAGGCCGAAAUCCUUCGCCGCCUGAACAGGACCCGCCUGAAGGUGCGAGCGCUCCUCAGCAACCUGGCGGGGCUCUUCUCGGUCCCCGGCCCCCGCCCCGGCCGCCGGCCCCUCCCCAGCCCCGCGGCAUCCCUCGGCAUCUUCCGACAGAAGCUGCAGGGCUGCCAGAUCCUCUGGAGCUACGCCCGCUUCAUGGCCGAGCGCAGGGCCGAGCUGGGCGCCGGGAGCCGCCGGACGCGCCGGGAGCAGGGGAGAUCGCCCCGGGGCUCACGGCUGCCCGCACGGCCCUAGGGCAGCCCCGCCGGCACCGGAGCUCCCGUCUGCAGCUCCCUCGUCUCCAUCAUCUCCAUCUCCGUCCCACGUGAGGCGAUCUCAACCGCAUUCCCAGGAUGGAGAGGCAUCCGAUGGCCGGGAUGCCCCACGGAGCCCCUCUCACCUCACCCGGGCAAGGGCUCGGAUGCACUGACGGCAUCUCCCGCCGCUUCGGCUGCUCGUGGGGACCCUGCUGUCCCCGAGCCACUACUGGGCUGCAGGACAGCCCUGGCUGGCUCUCCCACCUCCUGCCCCGCUUUCCCGAGGAUCCAGGUGGCCCCAGUGGAGCCGGGUGUCCCCCGGGUGCCCAGCUGUUCCCUGUCCCCGAGCCCUGCCGGAUUUUCCAGUGAUUCAAUGGGUCGGCUGACACAGCCUGACUCAGAGCUGCUCGCCCAGCACCCGCCACGGGCCCACGGAGAGCGCCGCUGCCACCGGCGGCUGUCACCGGUGUUGUCACCCCCUGCCCGCCCGCCGCCAGCUCUGCUCCCAGGGAGAAGCUGGGAGUGGAAUCCCGUGUCCCUGCACGGUCUGUGUCCCUCUGUGCUUGGUGUCCCCGAGCUCAGUGUCCCUUUGCACAUCCCGGUACGCUCAGUGUCCCCUGUGCUCUCAGUGUCCCCAGGCUCACUCCUGCACUCUGGGUGUUGCCAUACUCCCAGCAUCCCUGUCCCCUCCGUGUCUCCCCCGAGCCUCCCAGGCCGUGCCAGCACAGCCCUGACUGUGCCCAGCAGGGGCUCGGCUCUGGCCACUGCACUGUGACAGUGGGUGACAGCUCCCACUGCCUCCCCUUUAUUUAUACAUUAAUAUUUGCCUGUUUAUUGUAUUUAUUGAUUGUUAGGGUUAAUUUAACUCCUACAGCUUGCAGAAGUAUUUAAGAAGGACAUUUCUAAUAUAUAAAUAUAUAUUUUUAUUAUUUUUUUGUACGGUGUUAAACUAUGAACAUCGCAAGGAUUUAUUUAUGUAUAUUGAUAUUUUUGGUACACAUAGAUGGGCAGUGCCCCCGCCCACGUGGCACUUCUUUAUUUUUGUACA